GUUGAUUGUUUCAACAAAAAUGGCGGACGGUUGCGACGGACGCCAUCUUUGUUGUCCUCAUGUAUAAAUUUAUAGGCUCGAUUAUUUUUAAGAUUGAAACUUAGGCCUUGCAUUAGUUGACGGUUAAAAGAGAAAAAGAGUUGGGUCUUCGCAAACAGAGGUGAGUCAAAUUGCAGUAAUUUAAUCUGAACCUAGUUUCGCUCACGCUUCCUUCUUAUCGUUGCAUUGUUUACCUUCUUGUACUGUUAAAUAAACUUAGACUUCUUCGCCUUGAGUGUCAAAGUCAAACAACCCCGUCACUUUACUAUUGUUUUCUGUUGCCAGGCUUUUAACAGAUCCAACAAUCACAACGGAAAAAUAACACUUGCUAGAAGCUACAUGUUGUGAAGCGAUAACCAUGAAUUGGCGAAAUUUAAGCUUCUCAAUUAAAAAGAUCAUUAGAUACUCAGUGUGGUAGCUGAUGAUCAGUCGAAAGAAGUACUGACUUGAUGCAAAUUCGUUUUAUAGAGAACACCCUGCCACAUUUAUUAUCUUUUUCUAAGUGAGAUUGAACAACUGAAGAACAAAAUAUUAAAUACAUGCAUCUGUAUCACAUUUUUGUUAAGUUCUUGACAUGUAUCCAAAGCAAAAUCUUUGUUCUAAUAAACCAUUUUCCUCUCGUAAACUAUAUACAACGGGCUGAAAAUCGACAAUAAUUUUUCAGGAAUGAAGCAUCUUAGAACCAGUGCGAGCGACAUGUCAUGUACACUGUACAUCUAUAACAAAGAACAACUUACUACUCCAGAUCAGAAAGCAUGAAUGUCUCUCACUACAGAAUGUAAAGUGCUUCUCUCAUGAACCUGUUAGUAAAGUAUCAAGCAUUUUUGAUUCUCGACAAUUGACAUGUACUUGUGGAUGUCCAAGGAAGAUGAUUCAAAAUGUUUAUGUAUUUUUUUGCUACAACCCUUAACAAAAUUUCUACCCGGUAACAGCUCUGUAGCAUCACUGGAACAGGGUUGUAAAACUAACCUGUGACAACCCUGUUACAGCUCGUCAUUUGGCACAGUUAGCAAGGCUGUUUCUACACUGUAGCAGCCUUGGAACAGCCCUGUCACGUUUAACUCAAAAUUUCUUGGUAGACACCCUGUAACAGCCAUGUUACAACCCUGUUUCCACCCUGUGAUGGACAUCCCUGCCACAGCUCGUGAAUUGGCACAGUUAGCAAGGCUGUUUUUACACUGUGGCAUUCCUUUAACAGCCUUGGUACAGGUUUCAUGCAUCACAACCCUGUUACAACUUGUUAAUUGGCAGUUAACAAGGCUGUUUUUUUUUACCAGGUGCCAAUGUUGUGAUACUCCCUCUCACACAAUCUACACUUUAGACAGCAGCCGUUUAACUUCUAUACAUUAGGAUUAUAGUACUAUCAGAACAUAAUUUUUUAUAACUUCAUAUCUAUUAAAGAUGAAACUUGAAAGCAAAGGAACGAUUUGCGCCACAAAAAGCUUCAAAGUUGAACCACCAACGGCUGUUUUAGUCCGUUUAGUCACAAAGUACUUAAAACAAAAGCAAUGCAUUUCAACAAACAUGCAUUGAAAGAACACUUUCAAUAAAGGAAAACACUAAAUACAGUCAAUAAAGAACUUAACGUUACUUUAUUUUUCACGUGCCCAUGUUCCAGUGUGUAAAAAUAUAAACAGAACAAAAUUUGAACUGCAUACAACAGUCUGAUCUGGCUUGUAAAUACUUGGUCAUAGUUGCUCGAUUUAAUUUACAACUAGCACAUCAAAAUGCCGACUUUACAAUAACUGUCUCAAAAAACAAAAAAACGAUUUUUAUCAGCAAUUAUUUAGAGAUGAAACGCGGAACUGUUCCAUUGUAACAACGGUUCCGAGGUUGACACUUAUAAUAAUUCUUUUGUUUGGGUUGCAACAAGCUUAAUUUGAAAUCGCUCACCUCGAUCGUCUUUCCUUCAUGAUCCACGAAGUGUUACAUUUCCUCAUGAAAAGAGCCAAUCCAUUUGUGUAUCAGUUGUUGCUGAAUUGUUCAAUGGUGUACGAAAUGAACUUGCAUUAUUACUAGGCAGGGCAAACAAUCUUUGAAUCUUGCAAGUGCCGUGGAAUGUUUUCUGUCCACUAGAUCGAUCUGUUUCCCAUUCGUUGAGAGCUGGUCAAAGCACAGUUAUUUUUUUGCUAAUACUUUUUCACUCUCUGCUUCAAAAGCAGCAAAAAAUGCUCUACAGCCUUUUUCAAUCCAAACUGGAUGCAGAAAGCGUUUGAAUAUUUUCCCCUUUCAUUCAAAUAAUCGUGAGUCGUUUCAGGAAUGGAGAUGUGUAAUGCGAUCUUCCGGUAAAGUGCUGACCAAUAAGAUUAAGGUCUUGGAUUUCUCCAGGGAAUUACCGAUGGCGUGUGUCUGUCACGGAAUGAAAAUAUUUAAUUCCAUGCUUGCAGAGGUUUCUCGGGUAGGAAAACAAAUUGAAGUGAUCUCAAAGUCUUUCAUUUUUAGUACAUUGCUGUAAAAAAUUAAGUUACAGCGGUUUUUUUUAUUAUUUAAAAGAACAUGAAGAACAGGAGCUGAUGAAAUCAUAAGAAGGUCUUCGUUUUUAACAUGAGAUAAGAGUCUAAAAAGAAAGCAACUUCAAACUACAAAGGUAGCCACAACAUCGGUAAUUAAUUGAUGUAAGUAUCUAUGAAAAAAAAAAAAGAAAAAGAAAAAAACGAAGCAAAUCCAAACAAAACCAGAAACAGCAUACUAAAAAGUGUACAAUAAUCGUGUUUGAUGAUUUAGUGCUACCAUUUUCACCACGUUCUUUUUCGUUUUAUUUGUAUUAAUGAUCUAGCUGACCCUCGCUCCUUUUAACACUUCAGACUUUGAAAAAUAUUGCCAUCUUUCAUGAUUUAUGGAGUUUACCGUACUUGGCUACAUUGUUACUGCCCUUUGAUUAUAUCCAUUGUGUGAACAGAAAUAGACAUCUCACAGCUCUGUAGUAACCCGGUUACUGUCAAAUGUACCUAACACAGCCGUUAAUUCUGCAUCCCUGUCCUAGUUCUUCUGCAUUACUUGGUAGCCCUGUCUUAACCCUGUUAUGGUAACUGGAUAUUUUCACAGCCAUGUAACAGGCUUGUUACACUUAACUAUGUACACUUUUACAGCCCUGUCACUGCUCCACUUGUUUUAAGUCAAGUAAGUUGCAGCUGUGUCACAGCCCUGUUACAGCCAGUUUACAGCCCUGAAAUAACGCAAACAGGGCUGGAAACAGGAUGUUACAGGGCUCUCACAUGGUUUUUGCAGGGUAGAAUUUUUUCUAAGGGAAUUGGCAACAAAAGUAGUUGAGAUGCUUUGCCCUAAAGGACCUCUCUGACUUUUUGCCAAAUUAAAAAGGGAAAAUAAAGCUUUCUCUAGCCCCUCCAUGCAAUGUUGUGCAGCUGUUCAACCUACCAGUAGAAAUCAACAAACACCCCAACUUUGAAUGGAGCGGAGGGGGAGGGGUGUGGGUUGUUUUGUUCUCGUAAGUUACCCCAUAUUUUGAGGACAGUAGCCUAACAAUAAUUAUUUUGGCACUGAUUGUAGGUUUUGUCUUAAUUUUACUGGUUAUCAUUUAUUGUUAUACACUUUUAAUCACAUUUUCAUGGAAAGAGCUUGUUAUAAAAUUAAUUUGUUAUUGUUAGAUUUCAUUAGCAACCACUGUUAGAAUCUGUAAAUCAGUUUGUUUCAUAGUUAUCCAUCAUUAUUUGAAAGCUACGUGAUCUUAUAUUUCUAAUUGUAUGUGCAUCGUUGUUUUUGUUUUUUUUCAAGACGGUAUCAUGGCUGGGCAGCAGGUCGAAAUUCUUCAGGAGUUGGAGAAGAUGGGUAAUCUUGAGUCAGUGGUCACGGAGCAAAAGAUAAGGAUAGAAAAGCUAAGAACCACUUAUGAAUCUCUUAAAGCUCAACACCUUCAGCUGCAAGAUGUGAGUGAUAUGAACCAAGAGAAACAUGCAUGAUUGUACAGUCAGCCAUCUUUAAGUUUUGCAUUGUCUGUGUGUCAUUUUCUGUUAUUGUAUGUGUACACUGCAUAAAUAGAUUAAUAUAUUGCAUUUCUUCACCUAGCUUAUUGAAAGGAAAGAAAGAGAACUUGAGGAUGCUAGAACUGAGAUCAAGAACAUCAAAGAACAAAGUCAAGAAAUGGUGCAAAGAAUGAGAGCUGAAAGAGAUGCCAAAAUACAAGAAUGUGAAGAAAUCAGAGCACAGGUGACGGUGUACAAAAUAAAUGAUAACUUCAUCCGGUGAUUUACAUGUAUUUUAAUAAGUUAAAAAAGGUUGUGAGUGCAGAGCUCUACAAAUUGUGACCAUGACUUAACUUUUCACAUGUACACUGUAGGUAGUGACUCCACAAAGAAUGGAACUAUUAAAAGUAAAGCUGCAAAAGGAGGUUGAAGCUCCCUACAAAGAGGUUGGUAUUGCAUCCAUGGUCAUGGUAUGCUGCUCUCUGUAGUGAAAUUUAACCAGAUAUAAUGUUAGGGAAACUUGAUCCUUUAAUAAUAGUGGUGUGUCAAUUGUUGAUCUUAAUUAUUCAAUCUUUGAUUAAAAAACUUAUGUGAUUCAAUAACUAAUUAGGAAUUGAAAUGCUCAAUCCAUUAUCGCAGGGAAAAAAAGAAUUUUGUUGACUAAAAAUAGCUGAAAACUUGACAAUGUGUAUUACCAGUUAAUGCAGCUAUAAUCCAGGGAUGACUCUUGUCUGCAUUACAUUUCUUAUGUUUAAAUUUUUGUGUUCUAAAACAUGGUACAUAUGAUCAUGCUGUAAUUUUCUCUGUUGGUUUGUAAGGUUUUGUUUCAUUCACAAAAUGAUUCUCUUUGAUAAAAGGACUGUGGUCCUGUGCCAGAAAACUCAAGAAAUGUGAAAUUAAUUGUUUUUACUUUGACUUGCGCACAGGUGAAAAAUAUUAAAAUUUUUUAUAACAAGAAUUUUUUUGAUAGGUGAUCAACUGAUUGGUUGGGUCAUCUGAUUAUUUCUAAUGAUCAAAUUAUGAAUUCUAAGCCAGUUCCCAACAUUUUCUUUGAUUUAAUUGAGAGCUCAAUCAGUGACAAAGAAAUAUUAGUCAGUCUAUUAUUAUGUGAAAAUAAUGAAAUCAUGUUUGAAGUAAAAUUGCAACUGCAAUUUACUUUGAGUCUGUUGUUGGAUGAUGAGGUGACAAUAUCAUGGACCGAUAUACACUGUAUUCUAAUUCUAAACAAACUGACUAUUUUUUCCAGAGAUAUGAAGCAAUGGAGAAUGAAGUUGAUAAGUACAGAGGGUAAGCUGUUAGAACUGUAACUUGGUGAGCUAGACAUGUACAUAGUAAUACUUUAAGAAAAACAAAAAAAAAUUGUAAACCCUUGAUAAUUCUCCAUUGAUUGUGUUCAUUAAUUAUUUAAUCAAAAAAUUACAAUGCUUUGCCAACAGUGACUUCAACAAGCUGCGAUAUGACUAUUCUUUCCUGAAAUCUGAAUAUGAACAUGAACAGGUUUGUUUUAUCAUCUCUUAUUAUAAUGAUAAUGAUGACGAGGUAAUUAUUACUUUAUUUCCCUUGUAGAGGUGCAUGUGUCCACCAUCGAUUAUAAUCCAUCUUCAAUUUAAGUCUUUAAAAUGAUCAACGAUCGAUUAUUUUAUGGAAAACAUUCAGUCAAUUAUUGUAGGAAAAAUUAUAAAAUUUGUUGUUGGCAAAUACACAGAUCAGAUACUAAAAACUUGGUUGUUGAGAAAGAAUCUUCUUGAAAGAGAAUUUAAUCACCAAGAGCACAGAAAAAAUUCUGAGAUCUAAGCAAGAAUCAAACUCACCAUGCACCCUGCAAGUUCUACACUCAAUUAAGAAAUCUCAGCCACUUCCCAACACUAUUCUCUUGGUAUAUUACAUUUUGUUGAGAUCUUGUAAAUUUAAUUUAUUAAGCCAUUCUUCAUUUAUAGUUUGUUUUGAUGCUUUCUCCUUUACAUAAACCUUAUAGGCUCAACAUAAACAGAUAGUAGAGGAGAUGAGAGUUCACCAUGAUAUGGAGGUACAGUCUUUUUAAAUACAUGUUAUGCAGUUAUGUGCAAAAAAAAUGUACUUAUACAUGUACAUGCAAUGGCGUGAAACCUUGUGGGGUCAAACAACUGCGGUACUUCUAACUUAACAGUAAAUUAUACAAGACUCGUGCACCAAAAAAACCCUUUCCAAGUGUAAGAAAUAAUGCUCACUCAGCCUAAAAAUUCCUUUCUACAAUGUGCCAGCUGGUGGCAUAUUGGCUGACUUGAAGAGGAAACUGUUAGCAGUUUUUUAAGUGUUUAUAGGAAAAAUGUGGGCACUCCCUUUUUUCAUUAGUCAAGCCGGUCUUUUUACUCAACUGCAUCUCUCAACUCUGUGUCUUAGUUUUCGUUUGGAAUUUUGAGCUGGUGGUAACCUUUUUUUCAGCUGGUGAAAUUAGCCUGCAGCCGGCUCUUAGUGACAUCCCUGGAAAUGACUUAAGGAUUUCAUUGCAGCUGUAUUGUGACCCCUGAAAAAUUUUACACCUAUAAUUUAUGAAGGAUGCUGAGAAUCAUUUUACAUGUAAAUUGUGCAUGGAUGUUUCCUUAGAAGCGAGAAACUUAAUUUUCUGUCAGUUGUCAGGCAAUUUUUUGUAUACUUAAAAGGUCAUGUCAAUGAAGAAAGAAAGAGAUUCCCUAGUGCAAAGAAUGCAACAUGAUAGUCCUUCAGAUACUCAAAGAACAAGAGGCCUUCAAAGAGAGAAUGCACAGGUUUGUUUAUAGUAUUGUGUUAAUUAUGAUUAUAAUAAAUUAUUAUACUGUGGCCAUGGUCGGUUGUUAUUAUCAGUAACUUAAAAUACAGUACUGUACUGUAAGAAACAAAAUGUAGUUGCCACAGUCAGUAUUUUUUGUUGAAAAAGUUUGUGUGAGCAUGCAAUGUCUAGAUACAUUGUGUACACCUACAGUGUAUGGUCCAGAUGUUGACAUUGAUGGCCCAUAACCCUUAAUUAAGCUACAUAUUUUUAAAAAAUCUAAUGAGUCAGUCAACGAUAUGUUGUGGUAAGUUAGUUAUCUUUGUUAAGCAGACUAAAAUUAAUUAUUAUGUAUCAUUGUUUAAAAGUAACUGUUUACAACUCAAUCUUUCAACUAUUUCUACAGAAACUAUAUGUUUUCCUAAAAAGCACAUGUAAACUGUAUUCUCUUUUAAGUAGCACCAGUCUUGCUUUAAUAACUGCAUUUCAAUAAAUUUAUUUGUUGACUCAGCUUCAUAUGAAAAUCAAAGGCCUGUUGAGUGAACUGGACGAAAUCAGAGCACAACGUGAAACGGCAGGGCUACAGUCUGAUCAUGUGAGUGUAACCACUAUUACUUUAUAAAUACUUAUAAUGUUACAUGUAACGUAGAAGCUAGGUUCUUUCCCAAUAUAUUAUUCCCACAUUUUCCUCCAGAAGUGUUCUAAAAUAGCACCUACUCUUUAAGCAAGUUUGAUUUUAUCCCAGUAGAAGUUGUUUAGACUCAAAAGAACAUUUGGGACUCUUGCUUGUUAUAGCAGCAGGACAGUUGGGACAUUUGACAAAUUGAAAUAGCUGGGAUUCUCAAAAAAGGUGGGACAUCUGUGGUGCUUGGAAUGCUUGAGAUAAUUAUUGGGACAUUUAAGAUUCUUGUGAACAGAAGGCUGUCGCCUUGGCAUACUUGUGAGAGCUGGUCCGACACUUGAGACCACCCGGUAAGCUGGGCCACUUGGUACAGCUCAGACACUUAAAAUACUUAAUUGGGACAAUUCAGGGAUGGUGGCGGGUCUAAAAUACAGGUCACCUUUCCACGAGUCAGAGUACAGGUUACCAUGGUACAGAUAAAUGAACAGCAUUAAAAGUGUCUCCUAACCCUAAUAUCUUAACAAAAUGCUCUAUUAGAUCGAGGGGAAUCCGUGUGGUUUGGUAAUUUAUGGAUGGAGGAGUGACCUGUACUCUUGACCUGUGGAAUGUGACCUGUACUUUAGACCUGGCAUGGGAAACCUGAGACAGCUGGGACAUUUGGGAGAGCUGGGACAUUAAUUUUAGGAUGGUAGGGAGAUUUGGCAUUUGGUACACUUGAAACAGUUGGUCCAUGUUAAGAUGUAUGGACAUUUGGUACUGCUGAGAGACAUUUGGGUCAAGUUUUGGAAAAGGAACAUAGGUUACCUGGGGUGCUUUCCGUACAGCCCAAAAUCCUGGAAAUUUCGGUUAGAAAUAAAAUGGAAUGGACCAUUUCGGUUCGGUCCGACCGGAAUAUUUGGGACCACCUUUAACUCAACUAAGAUUGACGUUAACCUGAAUAUUUUACAUAGGUAUCCAGACUGCAAGUAAGACAGCUUGCAGAAAUGACUGCAAAAUGUAAAUCCUUGGAGGUAUGGGAAUGAUCAGCUUGUAUAAUAAUGUUACAGGUCAAGUUUGAUUUCAGGUUCAUUCUGAUUUAACCAAGGUUGAUUCUCAAUUGCCAUUGUCUCCUAGCCCUGAUUAUUUAUGAAUCAGGACUAGGAAGCAAAGGAAAUUUAGAGUCAACCUGGGUGAAAUCAUGAUCAGAAUUAACCUGAUUUGACCUGUAACAUAGACAUUGUAUGCUGCUGUAUUAUAUGUGACACCUUCAUCAUGUGAUAAUUAUUCAUACAAUUUUAACCUCAGAUCAGGCCCAAUUUUGGCGGUUUUUGUUUCACGUUGCCCACCGGACUGUUAUUUACAAAGCGAAAUGAAAAUUGAGCCUGAUCACAGGUUAAUACAAUUUCUGCUAGUAUUAAGUAAAGAUCCUAUAUCCCAAACUAUAAUCUGACCUGCAUGACAAUUGCUAUAUGAUAUUCUGAUUUGUUUGCAUCAGCUACAGAAAAAGCUAUGAAAUGAUGCCCAAUGAUUUUAAACAACUUUCCGGAAACUUAUUUCCACAAAAUCAGUGGUUUAUAACUCUCUCCAUUUGGGGGUUCAUUUUUGGUCCAGGGAUUUUUUUGAGUUUUGUUUGAAACCCUACAGAUUUUUUUGGGUUUUGUUUUACGCCCCCUUUUGAUCAUCCCAUCACUUUACACCCAAAGAAACCUCCUGUGCACUUUAAUUAAGUCUCCAGUUCUUUGUUAAUUAUGACAUAAAUUAUCCGUUAAUGUUUCAGACUGAGUAUGAUUCAUUAAAGCUUCAUUGUCAAACACUUGAAGCUGAACAUGAGAGGAACAACCAGACACAGGUAAGUGAAGUAAAGCCAAAUUUCUCUGUUUUAUUCAUGCCCACUGAAGUGAAUUAUUUCUUGCAUUGCUUGACUUCUUUUUUUUUUCCUUGUAGGAGGAAAUGACAAUAGAGAUAAAUAGGCUGGAAAAGGAGACUAUGUCACAAAAAAGGUAUUUGUAUAAUUAUUAUUGGGCGGAUUUAGAGAUGAUAACUCGAUGGCAAAUGAAAUUGGACUGAGGGCGACUUCUGGAACUUAGUUUCCCUGCUCUGCCUUUGAUUAAGUUUGUUUUGAGUCAAUUGAAGGUUUUGGAUAAAAGACCAUCUACCCCUCCCCUUAGUUACAAUUUUGCUCUAAAUGGGAAGUAAGUGUUAAUGUUGACUUGGAGGGGAGGGGUAGGUGGCCAGUUGCCCAGAAACAUCAAUUGAUCCCUCGUUUUCAGAUCUGCGCACGCCGUAGUCACUGCCGUCGCCUUUUCAUUUCUAUAUCUUCCUGUUGUCCAUCGUGGCAACUUUACUUUCUAUAGUCUACUUCAAAUCACAGACAAUCCUGCAUGACAAACAACUCCCCAAAGGCACAGUCUCCCAGUCUCCAGGGGCAGGGCCCAUCUGCAUUGGGCGAAUUUGUAUUAACUGGAAAAUGGUGCAGUAAAGAAUGGAGGUUUACAAGUAUUGACGUGGUUUUAAAAUUCUACCAAGUUUUUUUUUUUUUCGAAGAUUAUCAAUAUUUUUUGAGCUUCUACUGGAUCUGGAUGACAGAGAUGGCUAAUCAUAUUUGUUAAAAAUCAUCCCGCCUUUUUACCAUUUCCUCAAAUGCAGCUGAUGAUGGAAAUCAGUGUACCGGAGUAAUCCGUGGUAUUUUUCAGUUGUAUUUGGUAUAUUUUGUUU